AAUUUUAAUUUAUUUGGAAAAUUUCGUCAAGUCAACAAUUUUUUUUUUUCAGUGUGUAAAUUAUAAUACGUAGAACCGCGAACCAAUCGACGAAUCGACAUGGCGAACCGAUCGCGGAAUAAUUAUGACACAUGACGACUUCCGGUUGCGCGAUUACGCGACCUAGGUUGAAGGAUACGUUUUGCGGAUUGCAUCAGAAAUAGAUGCGAACUGGGCCGAGGUAUUGGCGCUGUUGUGCGGUGCCUCGCCCGAGAGAAGAAACAUUGGAUAAAACCGGGAUGAUCUAUGGCGGCUACAAUAGUCCCUGUUGUUCUUUUCGAGCGCUCGAUAUCUCUUAUUGGAGAGAUUGCGUUAUCUUCUACGAACGCUCGCGAUUAUGGCCGACCAUUAGACAUUCAAAUUACUGGAAAGUCAUUAGACGCACGACCGCAGAGAGUGAAGAGGGAAUAGGCCAUUUACCGCAAUUCCCCAUCAAACGCGAUACGCAUAAUAUGAAGUAAACUCCCUUGCAUCAUCAUUAUUUGCAUCGAGAAAUGUCUCUUGUGAUUUGAUGAGCUUUCUCGAAUAUAUUAUACCGAAAAAUAACGGAGCUAUUUUUUUAAUACAAGUACUUUUCUAUUUCUUUAUCGUAAUCUUAUCAGUAAGAAACUUUCAAUUUUUUCCAAAAUGGCCGAAGCAACCAAAUCCGCAAUAGAGCAACUAAUUAACCACAAAAGAACAUUAAACAUUUAUACAUGUUUUUCGAUUGCCGAAGUAACUGUGCCAUCUUUAUAGACAUUUAAGUUACGAAUUUUCGGAUUUACGACACAUUGACUAACAACACCCGUAUCUACCAAAAUAGAUUAACUUUAAUCUCGGUUUAACUUACGUUUUAUCUUUUUCUAAUUUUUGGAAUUAGAAUGAGAUAACAAAUAAGUUAAAGUGAGAUUAAAGCUGAUCUGUGUUUAUAGAUAAAUAUUAAUUUUUACGAUAACAAAGUCUUAUAUUGAGAAUUAUAAUUUAAAAAAUUUUAUUUGCCAUUUCUUAAAUAGAGGCGUGUAAUUGCUUUUAUGUAAUAAAAUAAUUAUUUGUAUAAUGUUAUUUAUGUGAAAUAUAUAUUCACGAUCGAUUUGAAGUCUCGGAAUUUCGAAUGAGUAGAAGGAUACUUGUAUGGGCCAUACAUGGCUAAAAUGUGAGAUGAAAUAUUUAUUCCUUGCUGAAUUUAUUCCUGACUACUUUAAUCACACGAUCUAGAAACUAUGGGUUACGUAGGUGCUACUUAAUGCAAAAAUAUGUUAAUUGCGUUGUUUUUCUACGCGUGCCCCUCUAUUAAUGUCUCUAUAUGAUAUACGGAUAACUAUCGCGGAUUCCGUGAAUUUUAUCGCUUGUAUUUUGAUUAUGUCAUUACCUUCUGAUAUAGCGGCAGUUUAUUCGGUUUUUGUAUUACAAAAAUGUUUGUUUAUGUUAACUGAAUCCAUAGCGUUUGACGCUGUUUGCAUAAUGAAAAUAAUAUUAAAAAUCUGCGAUGUGAUAGAGAUAUGGAACGUCAAUGUUUGACUAGUUACGCGGCAGAUAAAUCGAACUGUUCGAAACGGCAAAAAUUUGCUCGGCGAAUUGGUUAUGUCGCGCGCGGCUUCGAUGAUAGAGUAUCGUUAUCGACGUGCGAGAUAACGAUCCUUCGGAAACGUCCAACAGAAACAGCAUCGCAUUGCUACCGGGCUUUAGUCUCGCGCGAGCCGUGAAGGUGGAUCAAAAAUCGCGUCCCCGAAGAAAGUAUGCGAGAAAACGACGAUAAUCGGCCUCGUCUAGAGUUGAAUUCUCGACAAACCGGUAAACUAGAUCCCCGUCGACAUCCCCGCUGGUGAUUCUAAUUUAGGAUAUAGCUCUGUCAAGAUAAAGAACAAGAGAGAAAGAUACAAUAAAAAAGAUAAGCCGAUAAGAGAUAAUAAAAGAAAUGCGGCGACCGUUGGUUCCGGAAAGCGGUUCAACAAAAAUGGUUGAAGAGGAAACAGGUUAAGUGAGGAACACGUGAGAAGAAGUUGAGAAAUAUUGUCACUUGGAUAAAACACGAGGAGAGUAGAAUUAAAUUGGCGGAUAAGAAGGUGGUUGAAAGCUGAGAUAAGAGGACGACAAAACGAAAAUGAGAGAGUGAGUUUAGUGAAGACGACUGGAAGUCAAGUGUAACGAGGUGAAUUUUUGUGGAAAAUAAGAAAAAGGAUUGGAAUAAAUAAACUAGAGAAAAGAAAGAGCGGGAAAGAGAAUUGGUGCAGUCGGUUCCACUUGUGUGUAGAAAUUAGGAUAUUAAUCAAGUAAGUAUCGCUUUUUGCGUUUGCUUUUUUUCCCCGCUUGCGCUAGAAAAUUAUUUCCGAUUAUACAUCGGUCACGUGGACCAGACAUGACCAAGAUAAGCUCUUAGCAACAAAAAGUGAGAAAGAUAAACUCGAGAGAUAGAGGGACGGAAAAUUAUUUUUAUGAUAACUAAUUAAUGAAUAGCGAAGAUAAUAUUCUAAGUUCUCUUAUCGAAGAAAGAAUAAUGUUAAGAGGGGAAAGAAUAAAUUUCGGGGAACUAAGCUCGAAAGUUUUUAAGUGAGGACAAAAGAGAGAAAGAAAAAAGUAAGAACACUGAUAAUUGAUAAUCGCAAGAUUAGUAAAAUUGAAGCGUGAAAUUCCCGAUGGCUGUGCCCCAUACGACUAAUCACGAAUGGAACCGGUUCUUGACGGUAAAGAAGAGACGACAGUAACCAAGGAGAGGAAAAGGAAAAGGAGGGAACGGAAAAAAUCUUGGUUGAUGAAAAAUCUCUUGAUACGAUUAAAACGUAAAGUUUCUACCGAUCUCGUUGAUCGCGAAAAGAGAGGAAGGGAACUUUAAAAGUGAACAUUAACCGCGAGAUUAAGUAGUGGUGACGUGGCUCGGACAUCGAGAGGGAAAAGGGACAAUGAACGCGCGUUUGCACGAGGUAGCGGUAGAAAGAAGAGAUGGAAGUGAGGCAAGGGAGGAGGGUGGAAACAUCAUCCUCGGCGACUGUCGUCAGCAGCAGCGGGGUCGUUGCUCCGAUCUCCGCGGCUACUGGAUCGACAAGGCGUCGGGUUACGCCGGUGUCGAUGCGCGUCACAUGGCGAGAGGAAACGAGAUCGAUUUUCCGUCGUGCGAAUUACUGAAACCACCACCGCCGCCACCGCCACCCCCACCGCCGUCAUCGUCGUCAUUGUCGUCGUCGUCGUCGUCAUCGUCGUCGUCGUCGUCGUCGUCGUCGUCGUCGUCGUCGUCGUCGUCGUCUUAUGGUCCAGCGAUUGCAUUCAGCAACAUAGACGUUUUACCCGACAAUAUUGCCGCACCCUCCUCCAGCGUUACGUCACACGUUGGCGAUAAUGCUAGAUCACGAGCCUGCGAUAUCGGGACGACAUCUUGCCCCACGAUGAGAUUCCCGUAUACGCCUGGUACUACGAAUUGCAACGUGGCAUGGUGCGGUAAUGCACCAGCGACUGCUUGCAACGCGUCAGCAACGUGCAAUGUCGUGGCUCCAACAGCCGCUGACUGUGACGGUCCGGAGCCAACGUGGUUGGUCCGCAACGACGAGGAUCACUUGACCGAAUCGUCCCAAUCGUCGGGGACCCGCGCGACCUCGAGAACCUGCCAGCUGGGCCCGGUCGACGUCGAGGACCUCGCGAUGUACUUUGAUCUACCGGCGGACGGCUGCAAGCCGGCCCCGCAGGCGGCGGGCAAUCGUGCGAUCUACUCGAGGAGAUCGCGAUAUGGACAGGCCGGACCCCCAAGGAUGGACCCCCAACCCCACGAUACCCUGCCUCCCCCUUCGGGCGGCGAUCUAGCGCCCGACGAUCUACGCACCUAUGACAUGGCACCCAGCGCUCUGGGCUAUUGUCCGGAUCUGCAGGGAUACGGGGAUCUGCAGCUUCGCGGGGACUCGGGACGAUAUGACGAUCCACGGUUUCACGGCUCGCGAUUUUGCGACCCGAGACUCGGCGAUUCGCGAUUUUGCGGCGAGCGACACGAUCUGGGACGGGACGAUUGGUUCUGCAACGUCUGCCCGGAACUGUUCAAUUUCUGCACCGAGGAACGGUGGCUGCAGUGCCCGGCGAGCGAUCGCUGCCCCCUUUACGAUACCUCGUACGCUUAUGGCGCGCCCAUCUUGCCGCCGUGUAUGUACGAGAAUGGUUACAACAAUAACGAUAACUGGCAUUAUGGCUACGUGGAAGACGAACAGCUCCUCGAGGAUUAUUUGACCAACGAGAAGAGAAAGGAGAGGUCUCGCGAUGCAGCUCGCUGUAGGCGCAGUAGGGAGACCGAUAUCUUCACCGAACUCGCAGCCGCGCUUCCGGUCGCGCCGGAACAGGCGGCGCUCUUAGAUAAGGCCAGCGUAAUGAGGUUGUCGAUUGCCUACCUCAAAGUUCGGGCCGUCGUGGAUUCCAUUCCGCAGGCAAAGUCCGAGUCGUUUCCAAAAAUGGAUGAACUCUUUUCAAAAAUGGAUGACUUAUAUCCAAAAGCUCUCAACGGCUUUAUGUUAGUGUUAUCCAAUGACGGCAAUAUGGUUUACCUCUCGGAGAACGUCAGAGAUUAUCUUGGAGUGUCACAAAUGGAUAUGAUGGGACAAAGUGUAUAUGAAUACAGUCAUCCAUGCGACCAUGAUGAAUUGCGCGAGUGCCUCUCUUCGAAAUCAACGGAUAACAACGAGAAACGUGCCUGCAAUUUCUUCUUGCGCCUCAAGUGCACUCUCACCAGUAAAGGCAGGAAAGUCAAUCUGAAGAGCGCUUCUUACAAGGUGAUUCAUUGCACCGGCAGAUUGACAAAAAUCCGCAACUCAAACUCAAACUCCAUGGAAAUUGAUAAUAAAGAGCAACACAAAGCAGAUGAGGACGUGGUACAGGAUACAAGCGUUUCUCUGGUGCUCGUGGGUAGUCCUAUACCCCAUCCCAGUAACAUCGAGAUACCCCUUGGACGCCAUACUUUUUUAUCGAAGCACAGUCUAAGCAUGAAGUUCACUUAUGCUGACGAAAAAUUGGCCGAAUACUUGGGCUGGGACAGCGAGGAACUGAUGGGUCGAUCGGUCUUCGAGUUUCAUCAUGCUCUCGAUAAUCUGGCGCUAGACAAGAGUUUCAAAUGCCUGUUCAGCAAGGGUCAGUGCGAGACGGUAGCGUACAGAUUCCUUGGCAAGCGAGGCGGCUACGCCUGGGUAAUCACUCAGGCUACUCUCAUUCAUUGCUCCAAGCAGCAGAAGCCGAUCUCCGUCGUCUGUGUCAACUACGUCCUAAGUGGGAUUGAGCACGAGGAUGAGGUGUACAGCGUGCGCCAGCUGGCCGCGCGUGACAGCGGUGCCGAUUUGGUGAAGGUAGAAAGACCGUUGCCGGCCCUUGUGCCGACCGGUGGUCCUGGUGCGGUGUCGACGACGGACUCGAGUGACGUAUCGUUGGACGACGAAGAGGGGAAGUUGGUCAUCGACGAGACCAGGAGCGACGAUCAACCGUUCACCGUUACCGCGUCGAUCUUCCGUUCGGCCGACGGAAAGAGCGACUGCAAGGACGAUUUGAGGAAGGACGACGCCUUGCCGAAGCACGCCCAGGAGGAGAAGGCGUUCGUGCAGGCUCUUAAGGAGUCCCUGGAAGAAUCGAUUAAGGAAUCACUGAAGGAGAACGACGACCCGGCACCGGUAGACCGACAGAACUGCCGGCAAUCGUUCGCUAAGAAGACACCCUUCAUAUUCCAGGGUAAACCGACGGUGGUGCGCGAGUCCUCAGACAGUGCCGAACACUGUGAUCGUCCACAGUCCGUGACCAGGCAUCUGUUCGCGCCCCUCGCGACCGCCGUGCAGCAGCAACAGCAGGAACAGCCGCAGUUAUCCUGCCGGCCGCAAACGGCCACUGCGAGCAUCUUCGCGCCUCGCACCGAGGACAUGAACAAAGGCUUCUUGACUUUUAGCGAGGAUCAGCCGGGUCUCACCAUGUUAAAGGACGAGCCGGAUGACCUGACACAUCUCGCGCCCACGGCCGGUGACGUGUGCGUACCCCUGGGGGACCCUCCCUUCCUAUCAGACAUGGAUCUGGAGUUUGUCUUCGGUAACGACCACUACGGUUGUCCGCUACUGAGUCCGAGCGACACUCUUACGCCAGAGCUACGUUCCGCAGAUCUCUCGGGAUCCCUCAAGGACACAGAUCUGGUGGAUGCCGCUACCAGAACCAAGGACACGGUCGACCGUCUGGCCGACAGCGAUCCGUUCAUGUAUGGUGACUCGCCUGGAAGUCCCUGCGGCAUCGACCCGAGCGUCGUGUCGUCGUCUCUCUCGAAGUACCGACAGAGUCCUGAGCGUAGCGUGGACUCAUUGGGUAGUCCUACAGGAGGUAGCGGCGGCGAUGGGCUCUCCGAGGACGAGAUGCUCAUCUUAGGUAUCAGCGACAGCAUAGGUGAUGAAGAAUUAGCGCUUAGAGCACCCUAUAUUCCAAUGUCUGAUCAGGACGAGGCAUUAGAUCUGCUUAUUAACGAUGACAUGAUCAUGUGGGGUUCGUCGCAGUCCGCCGACAAAGGAUCUUCGAAGUGGUUGCUCGACGAUCGGGAGCAACGUAAUUCCGAAUCCAGCCUCGCACAGUUGUUGCGAACCGAUCAAGCCGUGUCACGACGAUAUAACGAUCACGGCGGAGGUUUGCUAAAUACAAUGCAAAUAUUGGGACAAGCGCCUAGAAAAAACGCAGUCUUCGAGUCUGAUCGAUGGUCUUCUAAUCAGGAACGUCCCAACAAACGCAUUCACUCCGGUCUCAAUACGGAUUCCGAAAAUGAGUACAAACGUCUGAAAUGCGAGGAUUCGUCUUUCGAGCGUAUACAUCUCGAUGAUACUUUAGUGACAAAACAGCGACUGUCGACGACGCUUCACAAGAAGUCGCCGUCGAGUCUCGGUAACAGCUGCGGUAGCCAACUUUUGCGUUGUCUCGUUUCGCCGCAGAUGUCGGGCAUCGCGUCACAAGCGACCUUGUCCGACGAUGGCAGCGAUCUUCGCGGCGAACGUCAUCACGGAGACAUUUCGAAGCAACGUACUCGCAUCCUCGACGAUAUCAUCGACUUCGUCGAGACGGAAAGUGACCGAGGCGGUGGGGGAGGAGGCGGAGGUGAAAAUCGCGGCAGCAUCAGUGACGGCCUAGACAGAAUCGAUGGAACAAGCCGGAAGAGGAAUCCUUCCUGCGGCGGCAGCAGCGUGCUAAUGAAUCUCCUGGUUUCCGGCUGCGAUGAUUCUCUGAUGAAUUCCCGUAACGUGCCAACUCUAUUAUCGAGAAACCUGACGACUCCAUUAUCCGUCAACGUGGACAAUCAGAUGGUACCGCAUUGCGCGAACGUGAAUGUUACAUCUUUGCCCGACCAUCUCAGCCCGGACACUAGAAAGCACUUGAUUGGGCCCUUCACUGACGGUGGCGGUGGCAGUAACGGAAAUGGGAAUGGGAGUACAACUCCGAUAAUCUCGCCCAUGACGUCUGCAAUGGCAUCCUUCGAUACUUUUGACUACGACGGAUCCGUGAGCCUGCUCCAAAUGGGAUCGGAUCUACUCGGAGGAUUGCUGGAUCGAAAUCUAGUGUGAUCAAGCGCGAUAUGAUCACGCGGACACACCAGAGAAUUGAUCAGGGAAAUUAGAAGCCGGAUUUAUGUUUUUUUUUCUCUUGUAAGUUUUUCUUACAAAAAAAUAAUAAGUUUUUCUUUUAUUCCCUUUUUAUAACAUCUAAGUACGGUUACAAUAUAUUUGUAAUUUUUCAUUGUAUAAUUAAAUUAUACAAUUAAGCUUUUGAUUAAUAUUAAGCUAUUGAUUUUUUUUUCGACGUCACACUCGAUUUUAGAGUCUGUGCAAUAUACUAAAUGCAGAAGUGAAGAGUGCAGAAAAAGGAAUUAGAGUGCGAUCGAAGCAUUACUCAUAGAAAGAUUUUAUAAGAAUCCUGCUUCUAAUUUCUGCGUGUAAAUAGUCGUUAAAUUCCCGGUGAUCUUAAUAAUUCGCUGAGCAUCCGAAGAAACGUGAUAAUAAACGCAGCGCAGUUUACAUUAGGUGUUCAAAGAGACGUUCGAUUAACGUAAGUGACGCGAUUCUUGAGAAGCUUAGGUCCAGAUUUAAUUGAUAUUUUUAGACUGUUCUUUUUGUAGCAAUUUCUUUAAGUAACAAUCGAUUCGCGUCACUUCAAUUUCGACCGACACCUUUUUUUAUAUUGCCUUUCGAAUCUUGCGAGCGAAUGUUGACUAACAAUAAGUGUGUCAUUAGGUUUCCAUAAAUUAGUACCAGGGAAUUAAUCUGUGUAUUCUGACGAACUGCGUAACGAAUUAAGUAUGGCAGGAUGAAGUUUUGUGUAAAAAAAGCGAACCAUAUCUUUUAGUCGAGUCAAUCAAAGGCUGUACCAUUUUUUUCUGAUAAAAAGAAUUUUGUGAAAUUUUUAUGCAUGUACAGAUUUCAUCUUUCCCAUUAUGUGCUUUAGAAACAUCACACGUAUCGUAAUUAUUUUAAUUACAUUAAAAUGUUGAUAAAAUUGUUUAAAGAAAUGCAUGUAUAAAAAAAUUCUUAGAUUCGUAAGUUAGAUUUAAUAUCGUAAAAAAUUAUUUUCUAUUGCGUAUAGAAUUUGUGAUUUUUAUUAUAAAAAACUUUCUAUGCUCAUUAUAUUGUUUUUAUAAUACAAUAUUUGCCGUAAGAGUACAAUAAGUAUAAAAAAACGUACAUAAUUAUCAAGUAAAAUGCGAUAAGAUAUAUAAUAAUAAUAAUAAUAAGGAUGGAACUGUAAUAUGUUCAAAAAUUUAUAAUCAUCCGGAAUGAAACAAUCUCGAGAAAUUUAAAAGGGGAAAAUAAAGUAAACUAUUGUUUAAACGUGUUUAGUAAUGAAGAAAAUGUUAUAGCCUUUCAGCCCUUGGCUCGAUCUAUGUUUUCUAGAAGUUGUAUAUAAACGAGUGCAUUUAUACGCAUUGGCGUGCAAAUUUUGCGCACAUACGUAUAUAUUGACUAAUUAAAUAGGGAAUUUAACAAACGAAAGAAGAAAUGUUAAGUUGAGAGCAAUGAUGAAUAUCGAGUUUGAAAAAAUAAUCAGUGAUUAUUCCAUCGUUUUGAAAGAUAGUAGUAACUAAAUAAAAAAGAAAAGAAUGAAUGAUAAUAGCAGAAAAUGAAAAGUAUCUCUGCAAUAUCUUUUUUUAUACAUGCAAUUUAGUUUCCAUAUUCCUUUAAACGUUUUCCUUUCCUGGGUGCGAUCUAUUUGACACUACGAAUGCUUCGAAACAUUUAAUUGACCAAUAAAAAUAGAAAAUUUCGUAUUGAUCAAUCAAAAAAUACUUACAAACAUUUCUAGCGUCAAAUAGCUACUCCAUAUCUUCAGAAUGAAAUGAAAUAAUGGAGCAAUAGAGUUAUCGAUUAUUAUUUCUCAUUUCGAUUUUUAAAAUUGAUAGAGGCUGACAAAUCACUGCGUGUUGGCUUCGUUCUCGUCAAUAUAUAUCAAAUUAAGAAACCACAACACCAAUUGUAUGUUGUUGAUUAGCUUUACUAAUUGUUAUUACUAUUAUGAUCAUUUCUACUAAACUUUAACCUUGAUUCAUUUGUUACUGCUGCACUAUGAUAAUCCGUUAUAAUGUAACAUCAUAUAAUUAGCAUUUUGUUUUUUACUGCAAUUAUUAUUGCAGUUGCUAUUGUCAUACAAAUUCAGACGUAUGUUUUUUUAUCAUAAUUUUAUUAUUUUAAUACAAUAUUACUUUUAAUUAAAUAUAUUACAAUAGUGUUGAAUUAAUUAUUAAUAGAUAAUUAAUGAUAUGAUGUGGAUAGGAUACAAAAAAGGAUAACCAAUUAUUUAGAAAUAAAUAAUAUUUCUAAAAUUGCA